GAGUCCGAACGCGAGGUCAGUCGUCCCUACGCAAGCAUGGAUUUCUCUGGAUUAUUCUUCCUCCUCAUGAUAACGAACUUUGCCCACGGCUCCGUCCUGGAAAGGCACAAAGUCGACUGGGACGCCGGGGAUGCGCUCCCGAAAGCCCUGGACAUCCCCGAAGAGACGGUCACGUACGAAGGCGCGCAGCUCUGGAGGGUCCUCGAGGCUGAUGAAAAGGCUGAUUAUCUGAGCUAUUUGCAGGAAAGAGGAGAUUUAUCACUAUGGACGGGGAAUGAUACUGCGAUAGACGUUUUAGUGCUUCCUGAUGUUAUUCCACGAGUUUCCCGUUUCCUGCGUCAGAGACAUGUUAAGUAUGAUGUCAUAAUUCCCGAUCUCCAACAGGCUAUUAAUUCUGAAAAUCCGAUAAAAAGUCAACAAGAAAUUGAAGAUCUCGAGGGCAGAAAUGGACAUCGAAUGGAUUGGACGAGUUACCAUCGACUUGACGACAUUCAUGGCUAUCUGGAUUACUUGGCCAAUACAUAUUCCGACAUUUGUUCGGUCAUGACUAUCGGUAAAUCCGUCGAGGGCCGUCCUCUUAAAGUGCUUCGAAUAAGCAAAGGAGUGGAUAACGCUCCGGCACUUUGGAUCGACGGGGGCAUUCAUGCCCGAGAGUGGAUUUCACCGGCUGUCGUCACUUACCUUAUCGAUUAUCUCGUUGAGCACAGCGAGCAGCUCGAGGCCGACUAUUACAUUCUACCCGUUGUUAAUCCCGAUGGAUACGAAUACACGUUUCGCGGCGACCGACUCUGGCGCAAGAAUCGUGGUAAUCUGGAAAAAGGUGGCUCCUGCAUUGGCAUCGACCUGAACCGUAAUUUUGGCUAUCGUUGGGGUGGCCUGGGAACAAGUAAGCAGCCAUGCAGGGAAAUAUACGCCGGGACCGGACCUUUCUCCGAGCCCGAGACCCGUGCCAUUAAGAACUUCUUCGAGACGAGCGCCGCUAAUUUUAAGGCUUAUCUCACAUUCCACAGCUACGGCCAAUACAUUCUCUACCCAUGGGGCUACGACCGGCGUGUGCCUCCCGACUACAUGGACCUGGACCUCGUGGGCAAGAGAAUGGCCGAGGCGAUGCGCGUCGCCGGCGGGGCCAACAGCCACUACAUCGUGGGAAACAGUGCGACGACCUUGUACGCGGCCUCGGGUGGUGCCGACGACUGGGCCAAGGCUCACCUCAAGAUUAAGUACACUUACACGGUGGAACUGCGCGAUAAGGGCCAGAGUGGCUUCGUCUUGCCGGCCAAGUACAUCAAGCCCACGGCCGAGGAGGCGCUCGCCGCUGUCCUCGUAAUGACACGGACCAUCAAGUCACCCGCCGCCUGAUCCUACGACCCCGACCUUGCGACCCCCAAACUUGCCACGGGAUUCUUUCCUUGACCUCGGGGCCUUAAAUUUAUUUAUCGUCGGAGCGAUUGUUGGCCCGCCACAUUUUAUUCCAGAGGUGGUUAAUCCGAUCCGUUAUCUCAUCGCGCGUAAGACUAAUCUUAGCCGACGUUCGCUUAUUUCGAUAAUCCAUUGUGGGUUGAGAGUGCCGUUACUAUUAGUCGAAAGAUACUGUUACGAUACUUAUAAUUCUCAAUGCCGGCGACGAUGAAAUAUCGAAAAUAAUGAUUCCUUUAGCGCAAAUUUGCAGGAGACGCGAAAAAUCGAGCGAACAAAGUACAGAUGCCUUAUAUGUAUUUAUUGGCGCUUUAUCGAUAUAAAAUUCCAUGCAUACGGCAAUUCCUUGCAAUAUACGA